AUGUUAAGCCUCGAACUUCCAAUAAAUUCAGAGAAAAAAGAAAAUGAAAAAACAAAUUUAAAUAUAAAUCUUAAAAAACUAAAUAUGAAAAGGUUAAGAAAUGCACGAAAUAAGAAAGGAUUGUUAAGUGGAAGAAGUACAGGAAGUACGAACAGUAAAAGGAAAGAUGGAAAAAUAAAAUCAGUUGUAAAUAAAUGUAACGAAGUAUAUAAAAAUAAAAUAUAUGUUAGUGAUUAUAUAUAUGUGUUAGAUAACUUAAAUAUAGAAAAAAAUAAAAUUACACAUAUAAUUAAUGCAGCAGGGUAUGAAUGUAAAAAUAUAUUUGAAGAUAUAUAUCAAUAUAAAACAUAUUAUUUAAAUGAUGAUAUAUAUGAUGAUAUUUAUUUUGUUUUAUUAGACUCUUUUUAUUUUAUUAAAACUAUUUUAAAACAAAAUGAUGAUAAUAAAAUUCUUAUACAUUGUAAUAAGGGUAUAUCAAGAUCAAUCAUAAUAAUAAUAUUUUUUCUUAUGAAUGAAUUAAAUAUAGAUUAUUUUAACGCCUUUAAAAUGGUUAAGAAAAAAAGAAAAUUAGCUAAUCCUAACAUGAAUUUAAUAACACAAUUAUUAAAUAUGUUUAAUCAAAAAAAAGAAAUAAUAACAUUUGUUCAAUAUCAAAUUAAUAAACUAGAUAAGGAUAAAGAAGAAAAUAAGGAAAAUUAUGAAAUUUAUUAUAAUUUUAACAUUUUUAGAAUUGAUGCUAUAAAUGGACAUAUAACAUCAACAUAUAUAAAAAGAAUAACAAAUAAAACUAAUACAAAUACUAUAAUUAUAUUGGAUAAAAGAUUUAAUUAUAUAUUUACAAUAAAUUUUAAAGAAUAUUUUUUGUUGCUAUUUCAAGAAGCCUUUGAGGAAAAGUAUAUAUCUUUGUAUAAUCAUUUUGUUUUUAUUUCUAACAAUUUUUUUAAUCCAAUUUGUGAAAAUACAAAUAAAUCUAUUAUUAGAAAAAAUAUUCUUGAAUUUUUGCAAAACUAUAUAAUUAAUGUCAAAGUAUUCGAUACUGUUUCCGAGUUAGAUCAGCAUUAUUUAAGUUUACAAAAUUUUUUAAAAACAUAA